UUGCCCCGCGCGGGGUGCCCGGUGAGCCGAAGCCCGCAGCCCGGCCCGCUCGGAGGCCACCGUGUCCGACCGCUGCCGCGCCGGGUGAGCGGCCCCGCCGCCGGGCCCGAACCGCCCCCCGAGCGGCCCCUAACCCGCCCGCCGUGGGUGCCGCCGCUGCCACUUCGCCGGGAGCGGAGCCGCUGAGGAGCCGCCGGUGAAGCGAUGCAGGAAGCCAUUGUGAUCACGGAGCAGCCGGUGUCCGUCUCCGUCCCCUUGGGAUACUCUUUCAUGCUGCGGUGCAGAGCCGAGGGACAGACGUCGCUGCAGUACCAAUGGUUUUGUCAGCACCAGUCUGUCUGCCGCCAGAUUCCUGGUGCCACCAAGCAAGAUUUGCCCAUCACUGCACAGCAGUCCCAACUCUACACCUGCAGAAUCAACGACCUCUACAAAAAUUCCAUCUUCUCUGACUGGGUGAAGGUGGAGGUCCAUCACUGUGUUGCCAGAGGACUGCCCCCUCGGCUCUGGCAAGGAGAACCAGUCAUCAUCCUCAACCCCACUGAGCAGCAAGUGGAGAUGGGGAAGCCGCUACAGCUGCAGUGUGCUGCCAUGGGGGUCCCAGCCCCCAGCUACCAGUGGUACCAGAAUGGAAACCUGCUGGAACACCAGAAGAAAAAAAAACUCUGGAUCUCCCAUGCAAAGGUCAGUGACUCCGGCACAUACCUCUGCUGUGCCUCCAAUAGCCGUGGCGAGCACUGGACCAAUGCAGUGGAUAUUCACAUAGUGAGGGAGUGGGCAAGCCACCUCAGGAAGCACGGCAGCCCAGGCAGAGCUGGUGUAAGUAGUGCAGACCUGCUGAUGGGUUCAAGCUCCUCCAUGCUGCUCUCUUUCCUCUGGCCUGCCCCUUCUCCAAGCUUUGCUUCCCAGCUGCUCAAGAUUUCACACAUCAGGCAGGAUUCCAUACAUCCUUCUGAAAUCACCAGACCAAUGUCUUUAAGGUUAGCAAUCAGGCCUGAGGAGUGUUGCUUGUGUGGAUGCUUGUGCUGUAUGAUCCAGCUUUGCAUUGCUGGAGGAUGUUGGAGCAGGUUUCAGGCUUGUGGGAGCUGGCACUGGGUUGCUGGGUACAGGCUUAUCAUUUCUUCUUCUUUUCCAGGUACAUGUCACUCUGAAAAGUUUUUUGCUACAGGCAAGAUAGCACUUUUAGUGGGCAACAACCACUACCAGCAUCAUCCCAACCUCAUGGCUCCCGUCACGGAUGUGUUUGAGCUGAGCCUCCUUCUGGAGCAGCUGGGCUUCCAGGUUGUCUCCCUUCUGGAUCUGAACAAGACUGAAAUGGAGGCAGCAGUCAGUCGGUUCCUGGAGCUUCUCGGGAAAGGAGUCUAUGCUAUAUUCUACUAUGCUGGGCACGGGUAUGAACAUCUGGGGAGGAACUACAUGGUCCCAGUUGAUGCUCCACAGCCCUACGCCCCUGAGAACUGCAUCAGUGUGCAGAGGAUCCUCCAGAGGAUGCAGCAGCAGCAGACGGCCUUGAAUCUCAUCCUGCUGGACACCUGCAGGAAAUGGUACAACUCAGAGUGUGCCCUUUCACAGGUACAGCCACUGGAGCCCUGGGGCAACACUGUUUAUGGAUAUGCCACGAGUGAAGAUGCAGAAGCCUAUGAGUUGCAGGAUGGGGAGUUCAGCUCUGGGAUCUUCAUGAAAUACCUGAAGAAACAUAUUCUGCAAGAGAAGAAGGUUACACAUAUGCUGGAGGAUGUGCUAGAAGACAUCGGCCAGGAUCCCUUGGUUACUGGGAAGCAGGUGAUGGAGAUCAAACACACUCUGAAGGAAGCCCGGUCCCUGACGGAUCCUAUCUGUCCCUUGGGAGCAGGGGCCAAGCGCUGGGGACACGGCCAUGAGCUGCUGAGCAGACUGGUGACCUUCCCCUGCGGGGCACGGGUGGAGCUGCGCUUCCACCGGCUCUUCUCCAACCUGAUCUAUGUGUGUGCCAAGCUGCAGCACUCCCCGGCCCACAUCGCAGAUACCCGCCUCCUGCUCUGCCAGCCCACCGUGAGUCCUCCCUUCCCUGGAUUCCCAACGGGCUCCUUUCCCCAGAGUGGAGUUGGGAGGGUGGCAAAGGAGAUGGACAGUGUGGCCAUCCCAAAAGAGAGCCACUGGGACCAAGUCAAGUCUCUGCUCACCUCUGUGUACAAGUGGGAGGAGCUGGACUGUGUCUUCCAGCUCUAUGGACUACAGAAAAUUCAGACAGAUGUGGUCCUGCAGUUGGAUUUGCAUUAUACCCAGCUGAGCACGAAGCAGAAGAUUUGUGAAAGCCUGAAGACAACCCUCCAGAAAUCUCUGCUAGGACAGUUUUUCAGCCAGAUUAAUUACUCCCAGCCAAAUUACCGGAGAGCUCCUGCCUGUGAAGGUGGUGUGUGCCUCUGGGACGCGGCAGCGCUGAGCACGGACCUGAAGGGGCAAGAAUCAAUGAGGACAGGCUUUGGCCACAGCUUGCCCAGUAGCAACCCCUCCAACUCCAGCAGUGAGCCAGAGGAGAAUGACGAGAGCGACCUGAGUGAGCUCUGCUCAGCUUUGCUGCAGGCUGGCCCAAGGCGGGACUACCCCUGACCCCAUGGGCUGACAUGCCCAGCCUUGGGAACUGCUAUUUUUAAUAGAGGCAACAGUUAUUUGAGUGCUAAAUACAUCAGAAUCCAUCAAAGGGAGAAUUCCAGUCUCGGCAACCACCCUGUCCAAAUGAGGCCAAGGCUGCUUUUUUGGAAAGUUUUCUCCCAUCUGCAUGCUGUGGCGUGUGGGCCCUGAAGCCCACUGGAAAUAACUCCAUCCCAUGGGAGAGGUAGGGAUCAGCAAGGAGUCGUUGUCGUGUCUAAUGGAGGACAGGGCCACCCCAUCAGUCAUAACAUUGCCAGGAAAAACACGUUGCUUAAAGGGCACCGCCUGAUGCUUUCUGUGAAUUGGGCUUUGCCUGAAAGACAACGUGACAGCAUUAAAUGUGAUGAGGAACCAUAAACACCUGUGGAGAGCAGUGAUGCAGCCUCAAAACCCAUCUACAGCUGCUGGCUCUCAUCGCACUCAUGCAGGGGACACAAGGCUUGACCAAGGGAAGCAGAUGGGAACUGUGUGAACAUACAAGCUCUCCCUUGCGGUUGCAGUGUGAUUUUCUUUCCUUGCAAGUCCUGCUUGUGCCAAAGCAGGUUUAAAGUUAUGCAUUUAUGUAUUUCUCAAGAAUGUAUUUAUACUUGGGGCAAGACAAUUGCUUUCCAGGAAAAGGAAGGUCAGAUGUUCCAUCAAGUGUGUGUUCACAAUGGAGGCUGGUUUUCCAUCAGUAGCAGCCACUAGGCAGGUACAUGUGUCCCUUCUAGCAUAGUACACAGGGGCAUUAAAGGGUCUUAUGUCCUGUGCAGUCCUGAGUUCCUCUCAGAUGCAGAAUUUCCUCCAUGUGAGAGAUGGAAAAGAUCAGGAUGGAGGAGGAAGAACCUUAAAAAAAGUUAUUAUUAGUGCAAGAUUUUUUUUCUAAAUGCCUGUCUGUGCAUUCACUGUGGGCAAGCUCAUGCACUGCGUUUCGUGGAGAACCAGCUGUCUAGAGAGACCCAUGGGUGAGCAGGGCCCAAAAGACAACCCAAGUGAGCACAGUCCCCUCCCUGCCUGCUUCUCUAAUAUUUGUUUGAUAAAGGUUACACCAUAGGUCCAGGUGAUUGCUCAGCAAGGGCCUGGGAGGAUGGUCAAAUAGUUCAGCAGGGACCAAUGGCCCCAUGAUCUCCAUCUCAGGCACAGCUACAGGUUGGGCGGAGAAGUGAUUCAGAGCAGCCUUGCACAGAAGGACUUGGGGCUGUUGGUCGAUGAGAAACUGAAUGUGAGCCAGCUGCAGUGUGCGCAUGAGCCCAGAAACCACCCAUGUGCUGGGCUGCAUCAAUAGAAGCAUGAUCAGCAGGUCAAAGGAGGUGAUCCUGCCCCUCUACUCUGCUCUCAUGAGGCCCCACUUGAAGCACUGUGUGUAGUUCUGGUGUCCUCAACACAAGAAGGACAUGGAGCUGUUGGAACAAGUCUAGAUGAGGCCAUGAGGAUGAUCAGGGGCUGAAGCACCUCCCGUAUGAAGACAGGCUGAGAAAGUUGGGGCUGUUCAGCCUGGAGAAGAGAAGCUGCGUGGAGACCUCAGAGCAGCCUUCCGAUAUCUAAAGUGGGCUACAAGGAUGCUGGAGAGGGACUCUUCAUCAGGGGCUGUAGCGAUAGGACAAGGGGUGAUGGGUUUAAACUUAAACAGGGGAAGUUCAGGUUAGAUAUAAGGAAGAAGUUCUUCCCUGUGAGGGUGGUGAGGUGCUGGCACAGGUUGCCCAGAGAAGUGGUAAAUACUCCAUCCCUGGCAGUGUUCAAGGCCAGGUCAGACAGAGCCUUGGGCAACAUGUUCUAGUGUAUGGUGUCCCUGCCCAUGGCAGGGGGUUUGGAACUGGAUGAUCUUAAGGUCUUUUCCAGCCCAAACUAUUCUAUGAUUCUAUGAUCCUAAGAGGACAGUUCACUCUGGACUGGAGAAGGUGCUAAUGAACUGAUCUGGGAGUUGGACUAGAUCUCCAGAAGUCUCUUCCAACUCUAAUGAUUCUGUGAUCUGGCAGGGUGCUGGACUAGAGACUGCCAGAGGUCUCUUUUUUUCUGGCUGUUGUGGUCCUCUGAAAGAAAGACUUGAAGACUUCUAGAGAGGUCAGGGAUGGUGGAGUGGUGAGACCGUCCAAGCUCUGUCUUCUGUCUUGGUCUAAAAGGGUGGUGUAGAGAGCAUUUUCUAAGUUGUGGUUCUCCAGCAGUGAAGAUACUUGCAUCUCCAUCUAUGGCGUCUGUUGCAUCAUGAAAAAAUAGGAAAUGUUGUUUCCACAUAAACCAUCCUGCAAGUGCUGGAAACCUGUCCAAAGAGAACAGGGGAGGCUUUUACUCUCUUCACAGUGAGUAGAGCCAAGGGUAAGAAGAGGGGCCCCAUCUGGCUAAAGUCUAGAAAGUCUCCUAGGAGAAAAUGUAAAAAACAAUGAAUAAUUGACAGGAUGUAUUUUAAAUAAGAUGGUUUGAGAGGGAAGCUAAACCAGAAAAUUAUGAAUUAAUAGAAGGGAGAACCAAAGAUCAACUCAACACCAGCAGAAACUUAAGAUAGGUCACUGAGAAUGUCUAUGCAGGCAUUUAGGAGCUGUGAUUCUCAUUGCCUCUACGAGGAUUAUACACACCCUUCUAUACUGUUGGGGCAAAACGUGUUUCUGGCUCACCUAGUCAUGGCAAAUGACACCUUGUGUGAAUGUUAAUCUCAUUCAAAGUGAGGCUGUUUAUUUUUUUCUGAAUAAAACACUACUGGUGUUUUUGGAUGCAGAAAAGCUUCA